AAGGAUGUAAGCCUCAGGACUUGGCGCUUUAUUCCCUUGUAGGAACUCUGUAAGUACGAUGGCGUACUUAUUCGCCUCCGUGAAGAGUUUGCCGAUCUUGGCUGCUUCUGUUUUUGCUGCCGUCAGUUAUCCGGCGAUACCUACUGACUUGACAACUCCAGUUCAGCAGCGGCUUGCUGUCAGUGGUCCCAAUGCCAUCUCUGUCGGCUGGAACACCUACGAGAAGCUAGGCAAGCCAUGUGUUCAGUAUGGUACAUCUAGCAAUGCACUCAACUUGGAGGCUUGCUCGAAUAACUCAGUCACCUAUUCGACGUCUCGUACUUACUCCAAUGCGGUCACUCUCACAAAUUUGGCGCCAGCCACCACUUACUACUACAAGAUAGUAUCGACAAAUUCCAGCGUUGAUCACUUUCUCAGUCCGCGAGUGGCUGGUGACACAACCCCCUUUGCUAUGAACGCCGUGAUCGACAUGGGCGUCUAUGGCGCCGACGGAUACACCAUUAAAAUGGACCAGACCAAACGGGACAUAAUUCCCACCAUUGAUCCGUCACUAAAUCAUACCACCAUCAGCGCUCUUGCCAACACCGUCGAUGACUACGAAUUUGUCGUGCAUCCUGGUGAUUUCGCAUACGCCGAUGACUGGUAUCUCAAGCCCAAGAACCUAUUCGAUGGCGAGGACGCAUUCCAGGCCAUCCUGGAGGAAUUCUACAACCAGCUCUCCCCGAUCUCCGGCCGCAAGGCGUACAUGGCCAGCCCCGGUAACCACGAGGCGGCCUGUCAGGAGAUACCCUUUACGACUGGUCUGUGCCCCGCCGGCCAGAAGAAUUUCACGGACUUCAUGACGCGUUUCGGCGACACCAUGUCCACCGCAUUCCCAUCGCAGUCGCGGGUCCAAGCUGCGAAGGUCAACGCAAAUAAAGCGCAAUUACUCGCUAAGCCGCCCUUCUGGUACUCCUUCGAGUACGGCAUGCUGCAUUUUACAAUGAUCAACACAGAAACGGACUUCGACGAUGCCCCCGAUGCGCCAGGUGGCUCAGCUCAUCUCAAUAGCGGACCCUUCGGCAUCGAUAACCAACAACUUGAUUUCCUAGAAGCGGACCUAGCCUCAGUCGACCGCACAGUAACACCAUGGCUCGUAGUCGGCGGCCACCGACCCUGGUACACGACCGGCGGAGACGGCUGCACGCCGUGCCAAUCCGCCUUCGAGCCGCUCUUCAACAAAUACGGUGUCGACCUCGCGAUCUUCGGCCACGUGCACAACUCGCAGCGAUUCCAGCCAGUCUACAACAACACCGUAGACCCGAAGGGGAUGAACGACCCGACCGCGCCUAUGUACAUCGUCGCCGGCGGCGCGGGUAACAUCGAAGGCCUGAGCGCCGUCGGCAGCAACGUGUCGUUUAACUCGUUCGCAUACGCAGACGAUUUCAGCUACGCGAAAAUCAGCUUCUUAGACACAAGUAAUAUGCAGGUCGAUUUCAUCAGGUCUUCGACGGGUGAGGUUUUGGAUACGAGCGUUUUGCAUAAGUCGCAUAAGCAGCAGUUUGUUCUGCAAUAAUAAGAAUGGAGUUUUGGUUAUUACGAUGUGAUGUGGAAUGUAUAUUUGAAAGUUCGUAUAUAUGGAAAAUAUAUCAUGUUAGUAAAAUGUAAAAAUAUCAGAUGUAUAUAAUUGUUAAUAUCGAAGAAUGGGCUGUGAAAGAACUGAGCCUGGAGUGGUUCGGAACAAAAUUUUGGACCGCCAGCGAAACUUGAUAGUGAUCUAUCCGCUAAAUUCCAGCGGAUAGCCGCUAUGAUUUCAGCCUUUCUAGGGAGCUUGGCCACUGUAGAAAAAUCCGCGCGGUUGGAAGAGGGAUAACCUGGAAUGGAUGCACCUGGGCGCCAGCGCAUAGUCCAAAUAUUUGGCCUGAACCUGUGCUGUGGAUGAUUAGGUGCGGGGUUACAGCGCGCUAAGCGUCGCGUGGAAAAUGCGUGGACCCAAGAGCUAGGCAUAUAGCCCCUAAAAUUCAGGGGCUCCCGCACUCUAACUUUAACACUACUUCCCCUAAAUCGUCGCCCAGUAACUUAGAGAUACAACCUUUCCCUUUAUAA